AUGGAACAGACAGAUUCGAUCACUCCCUCUGAUCGUCAAAGUGGCCCAAAACACAACAAAAAGUCUGGUCAACAAGAGGCAGAUACCACAAUGGCUAAUGACGUUGACCCAUCAGCCCCUGCUGCAGCCCCUCCAGAUUCGGUGGAAAGAACUUCUAAGAGUGGUUCUUGUUCGAGGAAGAGCAGGCAGCAGAAGAAGGAAAAGAGUCAAGAAACCAAGCCGGCCUCGGCGAAAGGCGAAGCUGAGACUUCUAGCAUUUCCAGUGAAGACGAAUCUGCUUCAGAUGAUAAUCAAGUCUCAAAAACCACAACCCUGGCUCCCAAGCAUUAUUCGGGAGUUAAUGGCACAAGCAAGAAUAAGAAGGAACGAGCAAACGGUGACAGUUCUAAAAAGAAGACUUCCAAGGCUUCCAUUAAGAAGCAGAAGAAACCUAAGAAGAAAAAGAACAAGACGGGCAAUUGCUCUGACACCGCGUCCGAUUCGGACAGCGAUGCAGAUUCCUCCGAUCCCGAAUCUUCUGAUAACGAGGACCCUGCUGAGAAAAAUGACCGAACAAAGUCCUCUUCGGGCUUCGAGGGCCAACUGAGGGCGCUCGAACUCCGGUAUGCCCAACUGCAGCAUCAGCUGGGUAACUCUCAUGGACUGGCUCCAUCGCCUAACCUAAGCGCUUUUGCUCAACCACCCAAUCCAACCCCAAGCGCCUUUGCUUCUUUUGGUUCGUCGGCUCCGCAGUAUUCUCUCCAAAAUGCUCUGGCUUCACACGCAGCUGAUCUCGAUCCACUGUUCGCUGGUCGUCGAUCAAUCCCUGUUUACCAUAAUCCCAACAGACGUCGCCGACCCAUGCGGCUUUCAACAGUGCCAACUCUCGAAGGUAGUGACCGAGAUAGCAUCACUAAUGAUCAUUUGCGUGGCGAGUCGAGGGUCAAGGGUAAAAAGCCUAAGGGCCCUGCCUUUAUGCGCGUGGAUCAGGUGUGGGACAACAGCAUACACAAUUUCAAACUUCAAGACACAGCCGAUACAGACACCGAUUCCCAGUACGACGAAUACAUCUUUCAUGUUAGGCGGAAGUUCGACUGGGAGGGCAAGCACGUAGCGACUGUUGUCGACAUCAAGAGCAAAUUGCUUCGGGAGUGUCUACAGGACGUUAUCGGUAACGCGGAUGGCAUCAGCCUGGUAGACGAAACACCAAAAAUAAACCCUGAGGUCCUUUUCCUGUACCUGGAAGCUCUCCGUGAUCAUUUGAAGGCACUGCGCAAAGCCAAACCUGCUGGCAAGUCUAAGAAGAGUCAGAAGAAAAAUAAGAAUCUACUUAAGGAAAAGAAGCAGCAUCUCAAGAUACUUAUCAAGUAUCUUGACCAUGACUUUGAAAGCACAAAAGAAAGUCUCUAUCCCAUGCUCAAGAAUGGCCUCAUCACAUUUGAGUUGCUUUGGGCUUUGUGGAAACCGGAUACACUUGUCUAUGCCACAACGUACGGAAACCCAAGCGAGCCACGAGUUUUCAAAGUCGAAUCAGCGCACUUGCACCACAGCGUUAUGAGAGGCAGUUAUUACCACGUUGAAGGGAAAUACAUGGAAUUCGAUGGCAAGCGCUUUGGCUAUGGCAAUACAUCAGUCGAGAUAGAUGGGUUCCAGGGCGCCAAGAAGAUCAAGAGUCUUCCUUGUUAUCCGCUUCAAUACCACCAUAACGAGCAGAAACUCCGGCUUGAUUUGAUUGAAAGAGGCAAGAAGUUUGCGUCAUUGAGUGGUGUUCAUUACAAGAGCUAUAAGGGCAUCGCCUUCAUGAAGCGUAGGAACGGCUCGGUAAUGAAGUUCAACAUUCAGUCCAGCAGAGCCAUGAUCGACCCGACUAUCUUUAGGAGGACCAACCCCAACUACAGCGUGUCGACUGUUAAGCCAAAGGACCCCGAUAUCAUCGAGGAUGAGACUUCGGAAUCGGAUUGCGGGAACUGUGCGUGUGGCUCAGAUUCGGAGGGCGCAGAGGCGGUGAAGUUCGUCAAGAAAGUCUAUAAGGACGAGAAUGGCGACGUGCAUAUGGUCAGCUUUCCUAAAAGUUUGGUUCAGGAUGAGCCCGGAAACGCCGAACUGGAUGAACUCCCCUCCAAAAAUGUGGAAGGCGAUAAUGACGAGGACAUGGACAUCGUCGACUUCACAGAUGAGGAUUAUCUAAUUGCUUCUCCCGUGGUUCUUGGUUUCUCAUUUUCAGAAAAGCAAUGGUUGGAGUUCGCGGUUUCCUGUGUCAAUGAAAUCAAAUGGAAUGAGAAGGCGUGGGACUCCCUGGUUCUGGAAGAUGGCACCAAGGACCUGAUCAAGGCCCUUGUGAAGUCACGCAAGUAUCACGCAGCUAACACUAUCGAUGAUGUUAUCCAGGGGAAGGGGAAGGGGCUCGUCACCGUCCUACACGGACCUCCCGGAACUGGCAAGACACUCACGGCCGAAGGAAUCGGAGAAUUGCUCCAAUGUCCACUUUAUAUGGUAUCGGCUGGCGAGUUAGGAACAGACUCGAGGUUUCUGGAGGCAGAGUUGCAAAAGAUACUGGACAUUUGCCAUGCUUGGGGUGCUAUCCUUCUUCUGGAUGAGGCAGAUGUAUUCCUGGAAAAGCGUAACAUGCACGACAUCCAUCGCAAUGCCCUUGUGAGCAUCUUCCUUCGUCAGCUGGAGUAUUUCCAGGGGAUUUUAUUUCUCACGACGAACCGAGUAGAAACCUUCGACGAAGCCUUCCAGUCCCGAAUUCACAUCGCCUUGCGAUAUGACAACCUCAAGUCUCCUGCAAAGCGGGCCAUCUUUAAGAUGUUCCUCGACCGUGUUCAUAAGCUGGGCAAGCUCAAGGUAGAACCAUUGACUGAGGAUGAUCUGGACUUGCUAUCGAAGCAAGCUCUGAAUGGACGUGAAAUCAAGAACGUGGUGGGCUCGGCUCAGGAUCUCGCCGUUAACAAGGGUGAGGCCCUUAGCAUGCGCCACAUCAAACAGGUUCUCGACGUCCAUGCCAAAUUUGGGCGGGAUUUGAAAGGAGGACCUGGUUAUGAAGAUGCUAUGAGAAGCUACUUCUAG